AUGUCUACCAUCGACACCGCUUCCACCGCCAACCUAAGUAUGGAUUAUGACUACAUUAUCGUUGGAGGCGGGACAGCCGGGCUUGUAGUUGCGUCAAGGUUAACCGAAGAGAAAGAUGUUCGCGUCUUGGUUCUUGAAGCCGGUGCGAACCGCCUAAGAGAUCCGAAAAUCUCUAUUCAAGGCCUUGCCGCUGCGACGUACUUUGACCCGGAUUAUGAUUGGUGUAUCACUACAAAACCUCAAGUAGGACUUAACAACCGUAGGCUAGCACAGCCUCUGGGUAAAACUCUGGGCGGUUCGUCGGCUAUCAACUUGGGUAUGGCUGUAUACCCGUCUAAAUCUGGCUUUGACACAUGGGAAAGACUGGGAAAUCCAGGCUGGGGAUGGAAAACUAUGGAAAGUUAUUUCCGCAGGUUCCAUACAUUCACCGAUCCUCAAGCGAAGCUCAAAGACGAGUUCAUGCUUGAUUACUUGAAUGGCGUUCACGGCACAGAUGGACCCAUCCAGAUCUCUUACGGUAGUGAGGAAGGCUUCCCCCCCUUUUCCCAAGCCUGGCCCCGGGCAUGGUCCGCUCUGUGUAAGCCUAUUGACGGCGAUCCUAUCGCUGGUAUGUCUAUCGGGGCUUUCAACAAUGCCGCUACGCUUCAUCCAACAACUAAAGAGAGGAGUCAUGCCGGAAAUGCGUACUUUUCGGACAAAGUCGCUCAACGACCAAACCUACGCGUCAUCACAGAAGCACUCGUCGAGAAGAUUCUCUUUGUUAAACGAACUGACGGUCCUGACAAGCUUCGGGCCACCGGAGCCGCAUUUAUUGGGAAAGAUGGCCGGAGACGGCAGGUUUCUGCCACACGCGAGGUGAUUCUAGCGGCCGGCGCAGUCAAGUCUCCUCAGCUGCUUGAGCUCUCAGGAAUUGGUGGGAAGGAUAUACUUGAAAAGUACGGGAUUGGUUGCCUUCUAGACAAUCCUAAUGUUGGCGAAAACUUCCAGGAUCAUGGUUUCGUACCGUUUUCCUGGGAGGUAACCGACCCGAUAACGUCAGGCGAUCAGAUGCGAGACCCAAGAGUCAUUGAAGCAACUAUGGCGGCUUACCAGGAGGCUAGAGCAGGUCCCUUGUCUGUGAACGCACUUGCAUCGGCCUUUUUCCCGCUUCAGGAUGAAAGUCUUGCACCCGUAUCCGUAAGCCAGCUCCUUUCGGACCUCAACCAAGCGGAGGCAGAACCUAGAGUUCUUCGUGAGCAGAUCUGUGCCCCUGGUGACUGCUCAGCACAAUUUACUCUCGCACCAUUUCAGCUGAACCCUUUCCCAGGGGAUAAUCCUUCCCAGAUCUUUGGCCUUGGUACUGAAGGUUUCUAUGUGUCUAUUGUAGCUGUUCUGAGUCACCCAUUCAGUCGCGGAUCAGUGCAUAUACAAUCAGCUGAUGCAUACUCAUCACCCAUUGUUGAUCCGCGUGCUAUGUCUCACCCGCUAGACUUGGAGUUACACGCACGGCACGUACUACUCCUCGAGAAGAUCCGUGAUACUCCACCACUACGACAGCUAUUUAAAGAGGGUGGGCGGCGUCUGCAUCACAGCGGGCAGAAGAUUGAGACGUUGGACCAAGCAAAGGAAGCGGUUAAGAACGGAUACACACCGCAUUAUCAUGUAUGCGGAACGACAGCCAUGAUGCCUCGAGAAUCUGGUGGUGUGGUGGACUCGAGCCUAAGGGUCUAUGGAGUGGACGGCUUAAGAAUUGUUGAUGCAAGUGUGUUUCCACUAAUUCCGAGAGGGAAUAUUCAAAGUUCAGUCUAUGCAGUUGCUGAAAAAGCUGCUGAUGUCAUUAGAAUUACGUACGAGGAUGAAAAUGGCCAAGUACGCACUUGGGAGGCGAUGAAGCGCCCUGGACGUCCGAGCACCAGUGCCGUUGAUGCUGUGCAGAUGAUCGCCGUCAUUCAUCAUAAAGAAGGUCCCAAGGUUCUCCUUGAGAAACAGUUUCGCGCGCCAGCAGGUAAAAUCGUUGUUGAGUUUCCAGCUGGAUUAGUAGACGAAGGCGAGACUGUAGAGCAGGCGGCGCUACGUGAGUUGAAGGAGGAAACAGGUUACGUUGGGGAAGUAGUGCCAGACCGUGGAGGUUCAAGACCGAUCCUUUUCAGCUCUCCUGCAUCCUCGAGCUCAAGGACAUUUCUCAUCCAUAUAAGAAUUGACCCGGAAAAAGAAGAGAAUAAAAACCCAAAACCUCAACUAGAAGAUGGUGAGUUUAUCGAGGCCUUUUGGGUGUCAUUAGACAACAUAUAUGCCGAAUGUAGGAAUUUAGAGGCCCGAGGAUUUGCGAUUGACGGCAAGGUCGGUGUCUUUGCUGAGGGUCUCGAGAUGUCUAAAAUUUGGCCAGUUUCAUGA